AGGUACACAUGCUUCCCUUCCCUUCCCUUCCCUUCCCUUCCCUUCCCUUCCCUUCAAACCUGUGUCUCUCUAGAAGCAUGUUUGUCUAAAAUCCCCGCACGAGAGAGGAUAAGUAGAAGAGAUGCAAAUGAUCUCUAAAGCUUCCUGUGCUAUGGCCUCCCUUCCUUGCUCUAGGGCAAGGAGUGGUGUGUGUGUAUGGCCAGGCAUGAGACAUCUUUGCCUCAGAAAAGGUCUCUUGUAUGGAUUCAUGCAUCUCUUGUCUAUGCCAUUGAAAACCUUGAGAGGAGCAAGUAGAACUCUAAGGGUUACUCAAUUUUGCAGUGUUUCCAACAUGUCUUCCUCUUUGCAGAUUGAAUUGGUACCAUGUCUAAGGGAUAACUAUGCAUACCUUUUACAUGAUGUAGACACAGGCACAGUUGGAGUUGUUGAUCCUUCUGAAGCUGUACCUGUUAUAGAUGCUUUAAGCAAGAAAAAAUGCAAUCUGACUUACAUACUAAAUACCCAUCAUCAUCAUGAUCACACUGGUGGAAACGCAGAGUUAAAAGCAAGGUAUGGUGCAAAGGUGAUCGGUUCGGCUGUGGACAAGGAUAGGAUACCUGGCAUUGAUAUAGUCUUGAAUGAUGGAGACAAGUGGAUGUUUGCAGGCCAUGAGGUGCAUGUGAUUGAAACUCCAGGUCAUACAAGAGGGCAUAUUAGCUUCUACUUUCCAGGAUCAGGGGCAAUUUUCACUGGAGAUACUUUGUUUAGCUUAUCAUGUGGCAAGCUUUUUGAAGGCACUCCUGAUCAGAUGCUUUCAUCUCUUCGGAAGAUAAUGUCUUUGCCAGACGAUACAAAUAUAUAUUGCGGCCAUGAAUAUACACUGGGUAAUUCCAAGUUUGCAUUGUCUAUAGAACCCAAUAACGAGGCACUCCAAUCUUAUGCAGCACAUGUAGCCCAUCUGCGCAGCAAGGGAUUGCCUACGAUUCCAACCACGCUAAAGAUGGAGAAGUCGUGUAAUCCAUUCCUUCGCACUUCUAGCAUUGAGAUCCGUCGGUCGUUACAAAUUCCAGAAACAGCAAAUGAGGCAGAAGCAUUGGGUGUCAUCCGCCUAGCAAAAGAUCAUUUCUGAGAAUCUUGCAAUUCAUGUUUUUGUGUAUAGCAGAAAUUUAGCUCAAAUUAGUAUGUGAAAUAAACUGACACAAAAUUACUUGCACAAUUGCAUUUGUCAACAUAUUCUGAAUAUUUCAGAGUUGUUUUGAAAUUUUUUGGAUGGCUAGGGCGAAGGUAAAUGGUGAUGCAUUGAUGACUUUGAUACCUUUCUGUUAGGGGGGAAGGGAUUCUCAGUUUAUGCCAUUUUUUGUAGCAGGAGAAUGUUGCAAUUAUUCCUUCUUUUGUUAGAUUUAAUGAGCAAUAUAUAUUUACACUC